UAAAUCUUAUUAAACUGGUAUCAUAUCGAAUUUCAUGUUUAUUUCACAUUUGACGCGCUAAAAGAAUUGAUUAACUGAAGAAAGUUUCCGCAAAAAACAGUAAAAUCAAUUAGGUACCGAAUCAUGGACCCUAACGAAACCAUCGAACAACGACUGACACCUAGCACCAGUGAAGUAAAAUAUGACAUCACAGAAGGUACGGUUGGACAUAUGAAACGUAAAAACCGAGGAGAUGCUAUGUCUGGAUUAACUCACGAAUGCGGAGUAUUUGGAGCUAUUGGCACUGGCGAUUGGCCAACUCACCUGGAAAUUGCUCAAAUUAUAACUUGGGGACUUGUAGCCUUACAACACAGAGGUCAAGAAUCAGCAGGCAUAGUAACCAGUGAAGGACAAUCAUCAAGAAACUUCAAUGUAGUCAAAGGAAUGGGUAUGGUAAGCAACAUUUUCACAGAUGACUCAAUGAGAAAGCUCAAAGGAAGCGUUGGAAUUGGUCAUACCAGAUAUUCAACUUCAGCAGCUUCCGAAGAAGUCAAUUGCCAACCAUUUGUUGUGCAUACAGCUCAUGGUGCUUUAGCUGUAGCUCACAAUGGCGAGCUGGUGAAUUGUGAUAGUCUCCGAAGAGAUGUUUUGGAACAUGGAGUUGGUUUGUCUACUCAUUCGGAUAGUGAAUUGAUCACUCAAGCUCUUUGCUUGAAUCCACCAGAAGGUGAGCCUACUGGUGAACCAGACUGGCCAGCCAGAAUAAGGCAUUUUAUGCAGUUGGCACCUUUAAGUUACUCAUUGGUGAUAAUGUUAAAAGACAAAAUUUAUGCUCUGAGGGAUCCUUAUGGAAAUAGGCCAUUGUGUUUAGGAAAAAUGUUACCUUUUAAUGAACCAUUGUCUGGAGACUGUGAUGAAAAUAGGGAAGCAGAUGGUUGGGUAGUUUCAUCAGAGUCCUGCGGUUUUCUCUCUAUAGGCGCGCAAUAUGUCAGGGAAGUGUAUCCUGGAGAAAUUAUUGAGAUGACAAGGCACGGAAUCAAAACUAUUGAUAUUAUUCAUAGGCCAGACAAUAAAGCACAAGCUUUCUGCAUAUUUGAGUAUGUCUAUUUUGCAAGAACCGACUCCAUAUUUGAAGGACAAAUGGUUUAUGCAGUUAGAUUACAAUGUGGCAAACAAUUAGCGAUUGAACACCCUGUUGAAGCUGAUUUGGUAAGCGCAGUACCAGAAUCUGGCAAUGCCGCUGCUCAUGGAUUUUCACGACAGAGUGGAAUUUCUUUUGCUGAAGUUUUGUGCAAAAACAGAUACGUAGGACGCUCUUUCAUUCAACCCAGCAACCGGUUGAGACAACUUUUGGUGGCUAAAAAAUUCGGUGCUCUUUCCGGAAUGGUUAAAGGCAGAAGGGUUAUUUUGGUAGACGAUUCAAUUGUUCGAGGCAAUACUAUUGGGCCUAUUAUUACUUUACUGAAGAAUGCUGGAGCUACAGAGGUACACAUAAGAGUCGCUAGUCCCCCAUUGCAAUAUCCCUGUUACAUGGGAAUCAACAUACCGACAAGAGAAGAACUGAUAGCUAAUAAAUUGAAUUCUAGAGAAUUGGCCAAACAUGUUGGUGCGGAUAGCUUGGAAUACCUAAGCGUCGAAGGCUUAAUCAAAGCAGUAAGAUCCGAUAUUAAGAGCAAAAGCACUUCAAAAUUGGGACACUGCACAGCUUGCCUCACAGGCGAAUAUCCUGGAGGAGACCCUAGCAAAACAGCAGAGAUGGACUGGUAAAUGUGAUGCUCACAGCUAUGUUCCAGGUUUAGGUCCUAUUUUUUUACCUAAAUGAUGAAUACCCUAUUUUAUCUGUAAAAAAAUUAGAAUUAGUAUUAAUGAAAAUUUUAUGUAAGGGAACAAAGCAGGUAUGAAUGUAUGGUGUAAUUUAAGAUAUUUUAAGGAGUAUACAAGUUUGCAUAUUGAUUUUAGUGUAUAUUACGCUAGUAUUGUCUGAUAAUAUAUUUGCGCAAUAAAAAAAGAAACGUUAUUUCUACCAUAUAAAACUUCUUUUAAUAUUUUUUCAAACCAUAACAAUUUUUUUUAUAAAAAUAGACUCUCACAAAAAUCAACAAAAUUAUUUUACCCUUAUAGGAAAAAAAAUUAGCUUUUUGUAGUAUUUUCACAGUUGGCUAUUUCUUCAAUUUCGUCAAUUUCCUUCGGACAUUUCCUGCUCAACACCACAGGACCAUUUACAGUAAUCAGUACAUCAUCUUCUAUCCGAACGCCAAUACCGUGGUAUUCCUUUGGAAGACUGGAUUUUUCACUAACAUA